GACUUCAUCGAAGGAUGAAGUUGAAUGGAAAGUGUUGCUUCGAAACGGUUCAAUUGGUUUUCUAUGAGGAAGUAGAAGUCAAGGAUGGGCCGUCCUUUCAAAUUGUUGGUAUGCUCAGAAUGGUAUAAAAUGUCAUAUUGGUGAGCCAAAUGGCCAUAGAUCACCAACAGCUCUAGCAAGGAAUAGAUUGGAGACGAUCCAAAGUGUAACCAACCGUGAAACAACAAUGAAGUUCUUCAUCGCUCUGUUCGUCGCCACCCUGGCCGUUGCCGCCCAAGCAGGAUACGUGGAAAGCAGCUGGCCAGCCAGCACUUACGGACUCAAUUCGUGGAAUGGCCUGAAUGCCUGGAAUGGCCUCAACUCCUGGGACGGUCUGAGCUCGUGGAACAACUGGAACGACCACGGAAUCUCUGCCUACCCGUACGGAUACAACAAGUGGUCCUCGGUGGCUUGGCCAGCGGCUUCCCUGUACAACGGAUACAACGGAUGGUAUGGAGCCACCGGUAAGACUGUUGUCCAGGCCAACGUUGCCAAGGUCAACCCGUGGGGACUUCCGCUGACCUCGUACGGCUACGGAUACAACAACUACCUGGGAGCGAUUCCAGCGGCCAAGUACGUCGCCGCCAACCCCGGAUCGGUCCACGUUGCUCCGCUGGUCGGACAUGCCAUCAACCAGAAGGUGAUUGUUGCUUGAAAUGUUGAUACUUGAUAGUAAACACUGUGAAAGCUA